CAAACUGUUGCGCCACUUCCAGUGGCAACAAACCACGGAUCAAAAUGUCUCCUUGCGAGGCCGCCUUCAUAUCUUCCGUCAUUUUCGGUCGCAGUGCUGGUGAUCUGGAUUUUGGGUACAGGGGUUGAGGGCUGCAACGGACGGUCAGGACGCUAAGGCCUAUUGGACCAGUGUCUGCGCAUGGUCAAAUGUAGCUAACUUAGCGAUCACAAAGGCCCGUGUUGAAGGGAGGCAGGCGGCUCAACUACUGUCACAAUAUGUGUGUGCCUCAAGGCAGCUUGAACGUAACGAGUAAGAAGAUGCUGAGGCAAUGAUGAAUAGCUUCUCAUGAAUGUGGCGAGAAGCCGAGCCCACUUUGGCCCAACUUAGGUGUGAUAUCUGGGGAAUGCCGUUAUUGCAUUUGUCAUCGUUCUGAGUGGGCUCUGCAACGUUGUUGUUCGUUGUCAACCUCUCCUCCUAGAAUGCCCUUCAAGCGCCACCCCAAGCAAAGUACCCCAAAGUUACCAUCCAAUGACACACCGACGGCGGGGAACUCGAACUCCUCAGGCCUUCGUGCCGAUUCCCGGACCCACACUCACCACAUGUCAAAUGUCGCCACUCAGCGAUCGAAUCAUUUGCUCUCUGGGAUGCGUCGCGUGAUGCAGAGAUUCCUGGGACGCAAUGCCAGUUCAGUUCAAGGAUCCGGCAUGGGACCGUAUACACCGAGUGUCCCUCCUCAGCUUUCUCCUGAUGAGUCAAAAUUCACUCCAUCCAAUCAGAAUAUCCGCAAAGUCCCUUCAACGUCCAACACAUCAACCAUCGGCGCGGUUCACCAUCCACAGCCAGUUGCAAAAAAGGAUUACUUGGCUCCCUUAGCGGUGCCCACGUCAGACUCAUCGUCCGCUGCCUUGGCUGGUGAUGGGACGAAAACGGUCCUCGGUGCGACAAAACUUUCCCUCCAAUUUGCAACCUCCGCUCUCAAAUUGGUUCCCGUCACACAUCUCGACGAGAUCCCAAUAUUGCUCUUGAGCUGGAUUCAAAUCUACGAGACCGUUCGAGGGAAUGCUGAUGGCCUAGAUGGGUUGUGCAAAGGGAUUCAGGAAGCAUGGCGCUCGGUGGUGGAACCCAUCCAGAAUUGGCGCGGCGACAGGCCACCAGAACUGGAGACGUUAGCGUCCGAUUUUCGCAGGGCCUUGGAAAAACAAUUUGGGAAUGUCAUUUUGCUGCUGGGCCAAAAUGUCGUCAAGAAGACAGUUCAAGCGACCGAUAUAGCUCAGCAAAUCACUGCCAUGAAGACCUGCCUAAACGAUGCCAUAUCCCGCUUCCAGGCAUGUGCAAUCAACUAAUGCUGUUACAAUGGUAACCCAACCCAGUCUUUUCCGUGAAGUUGAGGAUUUCCACCUUGGAUUUUCUCCACACCCAUCAUUUAUUUGUAC